GGAGGAGGAGGAGCAGAAGCAGAGGAGGAGGAGAGGAAGGCAGUCGGUGUGUUUGGCCAGAAGGAGGACUCAGUAGCGCCAGACGAAGAGGGACAAUGGACUGACCUCCACCGCCGAACACAAGCGGAUAUCAAGCUCAUGUUCUCCAGACAUGCUGCUACCCUCAUCUCCAUUAACCUGCUGUUCACCGGGUGGCAUUUGAAUGAUCAAACAUGAUGAAGACAGAACCCUCAUCGACCACGGGGGACAACGGGUCCUCCGGUGGGAACAGUGGGGGAAGCGGGAGCUCCAAUCUACGGAGCGCCUCGCCACAUCGCAACGCGUACGAGGCUGGGCUGGCGGCGCUGAAGAAAGCCACUGAUCACCUCAACGGAGGCUAUGACCCCGCCUCCAAGCCGGCACCCCUUCCUCGGCCGACCGGGAGGGGUCGCAAAUACGGCUCAAAUGUUCACCGCAUCAAAAACAUGUUCAUGCAGAUGCAGUCUCCAGGGGAUGACGAAGAAGGAGACAAAAUGAUUGAAAAAGAUCAGGCGGUAAAACUCUCCCUGCCAAGGGCGUCCAGCCUCAACGAGAAUGUUGACCACAGCGCCUUGCUCAAACUCGGAGGCACCGUUUCAGAGAGGGUUAACCGCUUUGACACCAAGGCAGAUGGAGAAACCGGGAGCGCUGCUGCAGGAUUGUCCAAACUCCAGGCGACCAGGCGGAUAUUUGAACAACGAACGCUACAGGAGAAGCAAGCUGCCACCAACAGGAUUUUGCUGAAGAAGGAGAGAGCGUCUGGAUUCCAGGACAGUCGCCUGGACGUAGUUGCACGUUUUAAUGGUUCGACAGAGGCUUUGGACCGAUUGGAUGACCCCCCAAUUCCUGCUCCCGCUCCCGUUCCUGCCGCUGCAGCUGCUUUUGGGCCUGGUGAGGCCGUCAGCCCCACCGUGAGCCAGCUCAGUGCCGUGUUUGAGAAGGCUGACCUGCAAAACAAUCUCUACCUCCCCAACCGUCGGUCAAGACCUGCCCCAGCACCAAAGCCAAAGCUUCCAGCCAAAGCAGGGGCCUCCAGCAGCCAGACAAAAGAGCCUCAUCCGAGUAAGGAGGUCUCAGAGGAGCUGACAGCAGGAACUGUGACCAGCCAGGCAACAAAGACUGAAGUGCUAGAUCCACUUCCACACAGGAGCAUAGAAGGAGAGGUGGUCAGUGAGGAGAAGGACAAACAUGGACAUUCAGGAGAUCUGCUCUCCAGCUCGUUAUCGUCCACUUUGGCUGCCGCUUCGUCUUCGUCUAUUUCCGAGGCUAAACCGGAGUCCGAGUCCCAGUCCGGGUCGACUGAAGACAGGGGCUCAAGUACGGUGGAUGUGUCUGGCUGCUGCAGGGGGGACUCUGACGUUGGAGCCAGGUUGGUGCAAGCUGAGGUUCAUGCAACACUUGAAAAUGGAGAAAAAGAGCCACCGGUGUUUGAAGUGACGCCCGCCGACUCUGAGACAAGGCAUGAUGAGGAGAACGACGACGAUGGCUCGAGGAAGGAGGAUUACUCCGAGGGGGAUCUAGUGGAUGUCAGUGCCUACAGCGGCCUCGGUGAGGACGACUCUGGGGGAAGUCAGCUGGACGAUGACGAGGAUGAGGAAGACGAUGAAGCGUAUAUACCGGAAAGCAGCUGCACAGAAAUUGCUGGUCUUCCUGAAGAGGAGGAGCCAGCACCGGCCAAUAGAAAGAUCCGCUUCAGCACUGAGCCAAUUAAGGUAUUCACCACCUACUGUAACGAAGACUAUGAUCGACGCAACGACGACGUGGACCCCAUGGCUGCCUCGGCCGAGUACGAGCUGGAGAAGCGUGUGGAGAAGCUGGAUCUAUUUCCUGUUGAGCUGGAGAAAGACAGUGAUGGUCUAGGAAUCAGUAUCAUUGGCAUGGGUGCAGGAGCAGAUAUGGGUCUGGAGAAACUGGGCAUCUUUGUUAAGACCGUCACCGAUGGCGGAGCUGCACACCGUGAUGGGAGAAUCCAAGUGAACGACCUAAUUGUUGAAGUUGAUGGAACGAGCCUGGUUGGUGUGACUCAGAGCUUUGCAGCUUCUGUCCUUCGCAACACAUCUGGCACUGUCAGGUUUGUGAUUGGUCGGGAGAAGCCAGGAGAGCAGAGUGAAGUGGCUCAGCUGAUCCAGCAAACUCUGGAACAGGAGAGAUGGCAGCGAGAGAUGAUGGAGCAGCGAUACAAGCAGUACAUGGACGAGGAUGAGGAGACAGGCGAGUAUGCAACAGAUGAAGAGGAGGAGAUGAGUCCCAUGUUUCCAAACUCCAUUGAGGUUUUUGACCUGGCGGAGCACCAGGACUCUUUGUCUCCAGUGGAGCUGGACCCUGAGAAGCUGACCCAUAAAUUUAAAGAGCUUCAGAUCAAACACGCAGUCACGCAGGCGGAGGUCCAGCUGCUGAAGAGAAAGUUGGCUCAUGCGGAGCAGGAUAAAUUGCGUUGGCGAAUGGAGCGUGCCCAGCUGGAACAAAGCAUCCGGGACAGUAAAGAGAGGAUGGAGAAACUGGAGGGUUACUGGAUGGAGGCUCAGUCCCUGUGUAAGGCAGUGGAUGAACACCUGAAAGAAACCCAGGCUCAGUAUCAGACUUUAGAGAGGAAAUACAGCAAAGCCAAGAGAAUGAUUAAAGAAUAUCAGCAGAAGGAGAUUGAGUACCUGAAGAAGGAGACGGCUCAGCGUCAAGAAGGAGAAGCAAGUGAGGCCUCACACAAAGAGGAGGCGGACAACUUGCAGGAAAAAAUUACUGACCUGGAGACCCAAGUGGAUGCCUUGAAACCCCCACACCCUUCCUAGACGGCUCGCAGCAGAGCUUUGCAUCCAUACCGGCGGGCUGUAGCUCAGCCGACCACUCACGGCCCGGGCAGGAAGGAGGUACUGUAGAAAAACUUGACAAUUGCAGCGCAGAACACAAAGAAGAAGAAGAAGAAGAGCGUGACAUGCAAAGAAGGAAGAUAUAGAGAGAGAUGAUGCGCUUUGUGUCACACCUACAAUCUUCCUUGUGUGUCUUCCUGGCAACCCGGCUUGGCAAUCAACACAUUCAACACCCCCUUUUACAGUAUAGACGAUUAAUUUUGUCCUCCCCGUUUGUCCAAUGUGUCCUAUGGGGAGCAUGUCAGACACAGGCUUGUCACUAAGUGCUUUAUAGGGUGACAGAGGCACGGACGCUGACCAAGUGUGAAAUAUGCACAGCCAGAGCAAACAUAUGACAAGUGCCCCGCUGCAGAACUUGAACUAACACAUUCUGACAUUAAAAAAGACAAAAGGCAAAAUAAAUAACAAAAUUCCCCUAAGCCCACCCACCCUUCUACAGAACGUACUUUUGAGUUUAUAUCUCCAUAAGAAGGAAUCAGGUAAACAUUUUCAUUUCUGGUAUGAAAGCGUGCUCACAUGCUGGUUUGUAAAUAGAAGUGUUAACUUAAACAAGGACUUAUGGUGGAUACAAAAAUGUUAAAAAUCACACAACCUUGAUUGGGUUUUUGGUAAAAAACAAAAACAAAAAAAAAACAAGAAAAAAACUCAGAAUACAGGAGAUUCCAGAUUCACUGGGGAUCAAAUCAAAUCCUAUGGUUGCAUGUCUUAAACAAUGCAUUUCAUUUGGAUUUGAAGUAUUAAAAUUGUGCAUUUUGUUUCAGUAUCUGCCCAAAAGUGCUGCCAAUCUUCUGUGGGGGUCACCUCACAUUUGAUUUUCAAAAGUGGAAAUUGGUCCGUAUAUGCGAGCAAAAGGCAAAAAAAUUAUUCAUAGAUGCACCCAUGAAAAUGUCUACUCCCUCUCCUCCUUUAAGCCCAACUGCUAGCUUGACGUUAAUGAUUUCGAAUCAACAUUUGCAAUAAUAUAUAAAACAAGCAACAAGCAUUUUAUAACAUUAACCCCUAAGAACCCACUUAAAGUGUCCUAAAACGUGUCCUAUGACCGUGUCACAACCGUGUUAUAUUACUGGCGUGCUUUUAUUUUGAAGGUCUGUCAUUACCCUGGACAGGAUGUUUUGCUGAGCGGACCGGAAGCUGAACCGGAGAGGAUUUGUUUUUUGUUUUAAAAGUUAAAAUACGAGGACCUGUUAUUAAACCGGGAGUGGGGGCGGAAAAGAAGGACAAAAUGCGGUAGUUUCCGGCGAAAUUGGACUUUCCGUUUAGAAAGUCAUGUGACUAUUUAAGGAUGUAGCUUCCCCAAAAUGGCGGCGUGUCAGGUAAGCUAGCUCACCUCUAAGCUAAUUUUGUUGGCACUAGAAGGCCGUUUUAAACAAAUUUAAAAAUGAAAACGCUUUAAUCGAGUGUCCAUUAUUACAAUUAAUCCAUUACCACUUUAUUUCUACAAUGAAUUCAUAUAAAUCCAGCUACCAAAAUCUUACUAAAUGUGUAAUGGAAAGCCGGACAGUAUCAAAAAUGCUAAUAAGUCGCAAUGCAAUUUGUAACUUUUUGGGUUCUUAUGUGCUAAUGGUACUAGUUAAAGUUACCAAGUAGAAUGUUUCCCAACCUUUAUUUUAAAAGUAUUAAAAUUGUGCAUUUCGUUUCAGUAUCUGCCCAAAGUGCUGCCAAUCUUUUUUUUAACACACAUUUGAUUUUCAAAAGUGGAAAUUGGUGCGUAUAUGCGAGCAAAUGGCAAAAAAUGUAUUCAUAGAUGCACCCAUGAAAAUGUCUACUCCCUCUCUUCCUUUAAGCCCAACUGCUAGCUUUCAAAUCAUCAUUUGCAAUAAUAUAUUUUUGUGGGGCAAAAAUGGAGCUCUUUGCUAGUUUUGUUCAAAUUAUCUUUUACAAUGUGCUAUGGGUCAAUAAAAAACAAUUGGCCUCCAUUCCACAUUUUGAUCCCCCCGUGAUGCAUAGUGUUAAUUUGAAAUGUGCAAUACAAAACCACAUUUUUUAAAACAUUUUCACAUGAAUCUGAUUUAUUUAUCGGCUGUUUUUUUGUAUCCACUUUAGGGCCGGUUGGUUAUGAGGAAGGCGAACAUGUUGGUGGUCCAGAUUUUAGUGUUUCAACUCUUGUUGGUGAAUACCCAACAGGCAAACAGGGUGUGAAUAGUCUAAUUUGUGCUUUUUAGAGAUUCUAAUUGUGUAUACGUGUUGGUGUUUUAUUAUAUGUGUGUUCACAUACACAUCUGACUCGGGACAGUCACCUUUCCUAAACAAGCCAGAAAUGUGUUUGGAUCUUCCAUCACAGAAGCUGCAAUGCGGACCAGACACACAUCGGAAUGCUCGGUCCUUUACUUUGGGCACUACUUGAGUAGUGAAGGAAAAAAAAUGAACAAACUGCAUCCACAACAGCAUUUUUAGGUAGACAUUAAUAGUAGAGAGUUACAAGACCUGCUGUCAAUGUAUUUUGUUUAAAUAUGUAACCUACAGUUGAAUUAUUUAUAAAUGGUGCACAACAGAACAGGCUAUUUUGUUGUUGUAAAGAUAAUAUAUGUGAUCUGGCAGGACAACAUUAAAAUUUGUAUAUAACAAAAGUAGAUUUCAUCACCAGUGAGGACCUAAUUUUUAAACUUGAAUUAUGAUUUAGUGGACAGCAUUUAAAUAUUUUAUGCGACAGUACCCGCCCCUGUUUUAAUUAAAUCCGUGAAUAUUUUAUAUAUUUCAAAAUACAUGCUUGUGUAAAAUGUUGCAAAUCAUUCAAACUGGAAACUUUCUGUGGGAAAAAAAUAUAAUCAGAACAAACGUGGGACUUGAACAAAAUUUGUACAAAUGUAUAUCAUUUAAAUUAGACCUAUUAUACUAAUUUUUGGACCAUUUGUAUUGAGUUGUGGACUACUGGAAAGCAGCUACACACAAUAGCCCACAAAACAACUUUCUAGAUCUUCCAGAAUCUGCACCUAUUCCAGCUGUAUUUUAUGCCAAAAAGGUCUGUUUUAAUGUAUUCCACCCAAGGCCCGCCUCCGGGCACGCCAAAUCUGCUGUUAUUGGUCACAUAGUGCUUCCUUACUACGAACCCCACUUUCUAAUUUAGAGGGUAUAUGAGUUUAUAAUAAAUGAAUAAAGUCUUUGGAGAGUCUUUGAUGCAUCAGAUUAUGGCCUCAAGGACAGUUAAUGAGUAUAAACAGUGUGUUAUACUGUACUAGAGACCCCGCCUCUCACCUGGUCAGCAGAGACAGGGCCCAGCUUACCUGUGACCCAGAUGAGGACAAGCAGAAGAAAGGAAUUAUGCUUUCCUUAAACUUCCCAUGGAAAGUUUCCAGAAAAUUGUCUAUACCUUGGCAAUCCAAGCAGACCUAAUUGGUUUUAAAAAAAAGGUAGAAUAUUUGAAUGCUGUGAUUGAAAUGGUAUUUACUUAACAUUAGUCAUUGGAUAGGAUAUUUAACUGCAUUUAAAAGUGGACAUGCUGAUCCAUAUAUGCUCAUGUAGCUUACUGACAUGCAACAAUGGUAACAUUUGGAUGAAUAAUGAAAUCCCUGACAAUUAUUUCUAUUUAUUAACAGUUGUACUAAUAUUUCAAUUUGUUCUUAGGCUCUAGUUUUCAAGUUUAGUAGCUUAGCAAGUCAGCAUAAUACCUUUGGGGAUUGAGCCAUGGAGUUUUGUAGUACUGUAUUAGACUUUUUAGGGCCAGUAUCAUUCAUGAAAAUUAAUAUUUGAGAAUUCAUACGGUGAUUAGUGCUCUUUUCCUCCAUUUCCCAUUAGAAAUAUAUUGCAUAGAUUGCUAUCAUAGAUGUGUGCUGGACACUGCAGUCCUCCAUUGUGUGUUAAAUGCGCCUUGCUUGUUGUAGUGCAACAAGCAUUUUAUAACAUUAACCCCUAAGAACCCAUUUAAGUGUCCUAAAACGUGUCCUAUGACCGUGUCGCUACCGUGUUAUAUUACUGGCGUGCUUUUAUUUUGAAGGUCUGUCAUUACCCCGGACAGGAUGUUUGCCCCAGAGUUUUGCCGAGCAGACCGGAAGCUGAACCGGAGAGAGUUUUAAAAGUUAAAAUACGAGGACCUGUUAUUAAACCGGGAGUGGGGCCGGAAAAGAAGGACAAAAUACGGUAGUUUCCGGCGAAAUUGGACUUUCCGUUUGUAAAGUCAUGUGAGUAUUUCAGGAUGUAGCUUUUCCAAAAUGGCUGCGUGUCAGGUAAGCUAGCUCACCUCUAAGCUUAUUUUGUUGGCACUAGGCCGUUUUAAACAAAUGUAAAAAUGAAAACGCUUUAAUCGAGUGUCCAUUAUUACAAUUAAUCUAUUAGUACAAUAUUUCUUCAAUUAAUUAAAAAAAGAAAGCUAGUAAAAUCUUACUAAAUGUGUAAUGGAAAGCCGGACAGUAUCAAAAAUGCUAAUAAGUCGCAAUGCAAUUUGUAACUUUCUGGGUUCUUAUGUGCUAAUGUUACUCAUUAAAGUUACCAAGUACAGUGUUUCCCAACCUUUAUUUUACAUGAGAAAAAUGUAACGGCACACCACCAAACCAAAACUUAGCAGAAAAGGCAACAAGUGGAUUCAUUAGCAGAUAGAGGAACAAUGAUACACUUCUAGUGAAUAAAUCAUAAUUUUCCAACCAAUUAAGUGAAAUUUGAUUUUUCCUGUUGCACACUGGUUGGGAAUCACUGCAGUGAUAUAUGUUGUAAAAGUCUAUUUUAGGGUGACUGUCAGUAACUGUAACUUGAGGUUUCGUUUGCUCAAGGGAAUGAAAGUGAUAUUUGGCUAUUUCAACAUGAAUGAAGCUAAGCUGAACUUUAGAUAAUGACAAAGGAGAACAAGCGAGCCACAUUUUCAUCAAAAACUGAAAAAUUGUGUUCUAUUUUUUCCCCCUAAACAGUGUUGUACUUUGUAGUAUUAUGGCUGAACGCUGAAGAUAUAGUUUAAUAGCACAGGAUAGACUUGUGUAUGGGAUUUGUAUUAUUUAGUCCAACACUUCAACUGUGCUGAGAUGAGCAGUUGGUUGCCAGAUGUUCAAAUACAUGAUGUUUGUGACAUUGUGCUAGAAAAUUAGCUGCGGCAGAUGGCAGACGACAUCCUCUCCCUCGCCGUCUUUUUGCUUAGUUGUGUGUUUGCAACGCAUGUUAGCAUGCUCAUGUUUCCUUUAUGCACAGAUGAAGGGUUUUCCCUCUGGUGACAUCACUGAGAAACUCCUUUUUUAAUGACCAAUUGAUGUUUGCUUACCUGGACAUGUAUAAUAUGACCUAUGCUGCACCUGAGCUUGUUUCACUUUGGUUAUUUCUGCCUUGUUAAGUGUUAGCUCCUUUUGCCUUUAAUGUCUCUGCAUAGCUUUAACGUACUUCCACAACGUGCGUUGGAUUGUAGCGUCAUACACACGUACAUGUCAUUAGAUUGUAGUCAGACUGAUGCCUUCCUCCAUGACACCCAAACAUGAAUGAAUUUAUGAGUAGAUCUGUUGAAGGUGAAUGUGUGAAGUGCCUUGCUUAAGGGUAACGACAAUGAUAGAACAAGCAUGUGUCACCAGGGAAAUUGCAGUUUUAGGUUGAUAUUAUUUAAUACUCAGGGUGGAAAUAUAACUGGAAUUGUUUGUCCUUAGAAUCACAACUAAAUAGAGCCAAUUGAUGCUUAGAUCGACGUAGUAUAGAGCCGAUGUAAAUGCAGCAAUGUUACACAAACAUGUGGCCGUGUAUUAUUAUGCUUUGUUACCCAGAACUAAUGUUUCUUUUUUAAAAAUGUCAUUAAUGCUCAGCUUCUCGAAACAAGGUGAUCAAAUAAAAGGUGUGCCAUGUAGUUUGCUCAAUGAAAGCUCCUGGAGGAGUUAGUGCCAAACAGUGAGAGUGGGACAAUCUUUACCUCUCUGCCUGCUUCUGUUCUUUAGUGGAUGACUCCAUGUUUGUCUCAACCUACACCUGUUUGUUAGCGUUUCAAUAAACAUCUUCAACUACA